AAAAAACGGCGGCCGUCCAUUGGCUACAAUCAAAGAUAAUGUAAAGUGAAAAGCUCAUAAAAGGCAUAACUUCAUGCAUAUAUAUAUACAUUGACCUAACAGACUAAACAAACCAAAACCCAACUGAACAUUUCAUCAUCUUUCACUCCCCACCCUACUCAACAUCCUAAAAUGAAUUGGACCCGGGGCCGGAUUAUUGGACGGGGCUCAAGUGCCGCCGUCUCGAUUGCCACAGAUGACAGGACUGGUGAAGUCUUUGCGGUGAAGUCAGCUGAGGUCUCAAAUUCAGAAUUGCUCAAAAGGGAACAAGGAAUUCUCUCUACGUUGAUGUGUCCUCAAAUUGUAGCGUAUAAAGGGUGUGACAUUUCAUCUGAAAAUGGUAAGCUUCUGUACAAUCUUUUCUUGGAGUAUGCACCCGGUGGCACGCUUAUCGAUGCAAUUCACCAGCGUGGUGGCGGCGGUCGUCUAGAUGAGGCCAGAAUCCGAUCAUACACAAGGGCAAUGUUACAAGGGCUGGAGUAUCUUCACUGUAAUGGAAUAGUGCAUUGUGACAUCAAGGGUCAGAAUGUUUUGGUCAGUAAUGACGGUCAGGCAAAAAUUUGCGACUUGGGCUGUGCUAGGCGGGUGGAUGAGGUGUCACGUGAUGAUUGGCGUUCAACUAUGCCAAUCAGUGGCACACCUAUCUACAUGGCACCUGAGGUGGCGCGUGGUGAAGAACAAGACUUCCCUGCUGACGUGUGGGCGCUGGGAUGUACCGUUGUCGAGAUGGCUACCGGGCAGGCUCCAUGGGUUAAUCUAUCCGACCCGGUAUCCGCCCUUUACAGAAUUGGGUUUUCAAGCGAUGUCCCAGAAAUACCAAGGUUCAUGUCAAAACAAGGUAAAGAUUUUGUGGAAAGGUGCUUGAAAAGAGACCCAUUGGAGAGAUGGUCAGCUAGUGAACUUCUGAAACAUGACUUUGUGAACAAACUGGAUUCAUUCUUGACAGAAAUCGACAUUAACGAGUUGGAGACUCCAACAAGUGUAUUGGAUCAAGGCUUUUGGCACUCCAUGGAAGAAGGGCUAGAGACAACUUGGAAUUCAACCCAGAAAAGUAAUUCAACUUCUCCCAAGGAAAGAAUCCGGCAGUUGAGUGAAGGAAGCUCAGAAAUGCUCAACUGGACCUGGGAUGAAACUUGGGUCACAGUGAGGAGGAGUAAUAGCAGCAAAGAGCCAGAGGCUGCCACAGUUAGCCAAAAUUGUUUCUUGUCAUGUGAAAAUGAAGCCACAAGUUCCCGUGGGGGAGAUUCAAUUUGGGUUCUACAGGAAUAUAUCUCCGAUAUCCCUAACGAACCCAUUAGAAUUACUGAGAUAACUACAUGUAACAGCAAUAGCAGUAAGCAUGAAAAAAGCUCACUGAUGCCAUGUAAAUGUGUAAAUGGUAGAUUACGCAGAACUCUAACUUUAAUAAAGAAAGUAGUUUGUCUUUCAAUUAUAUAUACAUUCUCUACUAAAUCCUCCUUGACUCUUGUUUUUUGUCCAACCUUUAAGCUUCUCCAAGAGCCAUUUAUUUGGCCCUAUUCCUCGCAGGACUUGAAUAAUUUUUUCUGAAGGCAAA